GAUCUCGGUUCCCCGCACUGGCGCACUACACGAGCGUCUCUUUCAACCCGUCCCGCGAACCGAACGUUCAAUAUCGCGACGCCCGCGACUCCAAAUACCGGUGCACCGCGUGCCGUGUCGUAGGUCAACUACUUUUAGCCAUCAAUACAAAACAGAAACGCGAAACGCGUACUUCACGAGUCGUUGCACUGCACAUCCGAUGGCAUUGUUUUUAAUGUGUUAGCGAUAUUAUUAUUUAAUUGAUUGUUUUAAUUCGUGCCGAAUUGCGGUGUGAAAACGCGUGUGUGCUCUCGCCCGGCGCGGUUGAUUACUACUACGAUAGAGCGCCGCAGUAACGCAAUGUCGAAAGAAAAACCAUCGAGCCGGCGAUUUUAUCGCGCGGAAUCCAGUACAAAUCUGAUGGCGUAUCUGGACCGCGGUAUGACGGCCGAGGAAGAAAACCGGUGGACUUUUGAAGUCGCCUGGGAGGCAGCUAAUAAAGUUGGUGGAAUUUACACGGUAAUCCGAUCGAAAGCAUAUGUUUCGACGGAAGAAAUGGGCGACCAAUAUUGUUUAAUAGGUCCUUAUAAAGAACACUGCGCUAGGACUGAAGUUGAAGAAGGACCUCUCGGAAGUCAAGCGUUAAAUGAUGCUGUAGCCGCAAUGCGCAAUAAAGGAUUUAAAGUGGUAACAGGUAGAUGGCUAGUCGACGGUAACCCACAAAUUAUCCUGAUGGACGUGGGCACAGCCGCGUGGAAAUUGGAUGAGUUCAAAAGCGAGCUCUGGGAUAAAUGUGCACUGGGCGUGCCACAUUUGGACAUCGAAGCGAACGAUGCCAUUAUUUUGGGCAACAUGGUUGCUGAUUUCCUAGCCGAAUUUCAUGAAUCGGCGAAAAAUCAAGGCGAAGGCAUGCCACCGCAUAUCUGCGCGCAUUUUCACGAAUGGCAGGCGGGUGUUGGUUUGAUCAUCUGUCGCACGCGGCAUCUUAACAUCGCCACUGUCUUCACCACUCACGCUACCCUUCUUGGAAGGUAUUUGUGUGCGGGCAAUACUGAUUUUUAUAAUAACUUAGACAAGUUUAAUGUAGAUGAGGAAGCCGGAAAAAGACAAAUCUACCAUCGAUAUUGCAUAGAACGAGCCGCUACGCACUUAUCACACACAUUCACUACAGUUUCGGAUAUCACCGGUUACGAGGCCGAGCAUUUGCUGAAACGCAAAGCGGACGUCAUCACGCCGAACGGAUUAAAUGUGAAAAAAUUCUCCGCACUUCAUGAAUUCCAAAAUUUACACGCCAUAUCCAAGGAGAAGAUCAACGAGUUUGUCAGGGGACAUUUUUACGGACAUUAUGAUUUCGAUUUGGAUAAAACCCUGUACUUCUUCAUCGCUGGCCGAUAUGAAUUCGGCAACAAAGGUGCUGAUAUUUUCAUUGAAUCGCUGGCUCGAUUAAACCACCUUCUGAAGAAGCACAAAAGUGACGUCACUGUAGUAGCAUUCCUAAUUUUUCCUGCCAAGACCAACAACUUUAACGUAGAAUCAUUGCGUGGACACGCAGUUACUAAAUCCCUUCGGGAGACUAUCAAUGAUAUACAGCAGAAGAUUGGCAAACGCAUGUAUGAGAUAUGCCUUAGUGGCCGUAUGCCAGAUCCAGUUGAACUCAUGGAGAAAGAAGAAUUAGUUCGUUUGAAACGUUGCAUUUAUUCAUUGGGACGCAAUGGUCUUCCACCAGUUACAACCCAUAACAUUGUAGAUGAUUGGAAUGACCCUGUAUUGUCUUCAGUACGAAGAUGCAACCUGUUUAACACAACCAAUGAUCGCGUUAAAAUAAUCUUCCACCCAGAGUUCCUUAGCUCCACUAAUCCACUCUUUGGAUUAGACUACGAGGAGUUUGUACGUGGAUGCCAUCUAGGUGUAUUCCCAAGUUACUAUGAACCAUGGGGAUACACACCCGCCGAAUGUACAGUCAUGGGUAUCCCAAGCAUCACAACCAAUCUAUCAGGCUUUGGUUGCUUCAUGCAAGAACACAUCGCGGAUCCAAUGUCGUACGGUAUAUACAUUGUGGAUAGACGCUUCAUCUCAUUGGACGACAGCAUCAAUCAGUUGGCGUCAUUCAUGCACGACUUUAGCAAACUGACCCGUAGACAGCGCAUCAUUCAGCGUAAUCGUACCGAGCGCCUGAGCGACAUGCUCGAUUGGAGAAACCUCGGCGUGUAUUACCGACAAGCGCGCACAAAAGCGCUGCACGUCGUUUUCCCCGAGCUGGAGCGUGAACUGGAACAGGGGAUCGGAUCGUUCAGUUAUCCGCGUCCGAUUUCGGAACCGCCCAGUCCCACAUCCAGCAAGCACACCACUCCAGCAACUUCGGUGCAUGGUAGUGAUGAUGAGGAUGAUGACUCAGUGGAUGAGGAACGUGAACUUGCCGAACUGCGCAAUCGCAAUUGAUUCUAUUAGCCUACUCAAUCACAUAUUCACCUGCUGCCAUACUCGGGAAUUCUUCCGGUGCUAUAUUACUUUUAAAUAUAGUCGAGAUAAUACAACACAA